AUGUGCUGCAUCGAAAGCCGUCGAAAAUGGCUGACGGUUCGAGAAAGAUCUUCGCGGAUCUAUAGGAAUUCACGAGCCCUGGAGACUUUGCCAGAACGACAAUAUAAGGUCUUUCCGUCGCAAAACUUCAGAGUCUUGACGAAUGAAUCUCCCGAGGAGUCAGUUGGACCACGGAACAUCGUUGGGCCACACAAUAAACUCGUCGAGUCGGUGCUUUCAUCUGCCCCGUCGAAGGUGCUCGAUCGCGCCACGCACUUCGGCAUUGCGCCACGGACGACGGCCCUGUCCAACGGGCGACCCACCGACCACACCAUACCGGAUGAGCCGCCAUCGAGGGCCGGACUAAGCCGGAAUGGGCGGAUUUCUCGCUUCUCUGCGGCCCAUCUAUGUUUCAACGACAUCUUCGUCUGCCCGGAAACGUGGCAGGCCUCUUUCGGAUCUGCCGUCGACCCGUGGAGCCUACAUUUGGAUGUCGUCUUGACUCGCCAUCCCAGUCGUUCCAACUUAUAA